AGUAAUUAGCAACCAAGUGAACAUCACAAAGAAGAAAGAAAAAAGAAAGCACGUUGAAGAUUGUAACUUGUAACAACAACUAUGGCUAGCGAUGGCAGCGAAGAGUUCAGGCUAGUGUCACCGGCGUUCAAAAACGGGGGGAAGUUACCGAGGCACUACACCGACGAUGGUCAGGGUACGAAGAAGAACAUAUCCCCUCCAUUGGAGUGGUAUAACCUCCCGGAGGGGACGAAGACUCUUGCCCUCGUGGUGGAGGAUAUUGAUGCGACCGAUUCUGGUGGGCCCAUGGUGCCAUGGACUCACUGGGUCGUCGCAAACAUCUUGGCCACGGUGAAGGGCUUGCCGGAGGGAUUUUCCGGCAAGUCGGCCGAGAUGGGGGGCGACUACGCGGCGAUCAAGGAGGGGAACAAUGACCUGAAGGUGCCUGGGUGGAAUGGGCCCAGGCUGCCCACGCCUGGACACAGGAUUCAGUUUAGGCUCUAUGCUUUGGAUGAUGAGCUCAAGCUUGGUAACAAGUUGACGAAGGAGAAGUUGUUGGAAGAUACCAUUGAAGGACAUGUGUUAGGAGAAGCGACCUUGAUGGCUAUAUUCUAAUGUAACAACAUAUUGUGGGUGCAUUGUCUUUGGCUUUAUACAUGUACCAUUUUAAAAGUGUUAGGAGAAGCGACCUUGAUGGCUAUAUUCUAAUGUAACAACAUAUUGUGGGUGCAUUGUCUUUGGCUUUAUACAUGUACCAUUUUAAAAGUGUGUCAUCAACGAGAUAAACAUUUUACCAAAUAUCACUUUGACUUCCGUAUGUCUCUUCCUUUUGAGCUUCAUCUCAUUGUAUAUUACAAGAUAAUUAUUUCUUGUUCAAAACUUCGAAAUUACUCUCAAAUCAAUGUUAUUAUGCAUGCACUUUCGAUUAGAAUGA